AUGGAUACUAAUUNUUCUCCUGUGUUGGUUGAUAACUACGUUUCUCUUGAUACGGAUGUUGUUGAUAAUACACAACCCAACAAGCGUAGGAAGAGGAAGUCUAUUGUUUGGGAUCACUUCACCACGGAAGCUACUGGCCCUGAAACUACCAAAGCUUUUUGCAAACACUGCAACAGAUCCUAUGCUUACAAAGCUGGCUCUAAGUCAUCAGGAACUAGCCACCUUAAGCGUCACAUUGAGAUGGGUAUUUGUCCAAUGUCACCAAAGAUCACCAAUCAGCAGCUGCCAUCAAUCGAGGAAGAAACCUCCUCCUCUCCUCCCAAGAAACGUCAGAGAUCUUAUGCCAAUGUCCCUAUAUAUCAAGAUAGAUGCAACCAUGAGAUUGCAAAGAUGAUCAUCAUGCAUGAUUACCCUCUUCAUAUGGUUGAGCAUCCUGGAUUUGCUGGUUUCGUGCAGGCGCUUCGUCCUCAGUUCUGUAUGGCAAGCUUUGACACCAUUCAUGAUGAUUGCAUCGCUAUGUUCUUGGCCCAAAAGCAGAAACUUUCAGAUUUUAUUGCAGAGAUUCCUGGAGCAGUUAACCUUACAGUAGACUUGUGGUCAUCAAGCCAAUCAGUGGGUUAUGCCUUUGUGACCGGAAAUUUUGUUGAUAAAGACUGGAAUUUGACUCGCCGCCUUCUAAAUGUUUCCGUUGUGGCUUCUCCUGAUUCUGAUUCUGCGUUAAACCAACCUAUUGCAGCUUGCUUAUCCGACUGGAAAUUGGAAGGGAAGGUUUCGAGCCUCACUGUCAGCUCAUCAUUGGUGAAUAAAACCUGCGUUGAUAAUCUCAGAGCUUUAUUGUCUGUCAGAAACCAGCAUGUGCUGAAUGGUCAGUUGUUGAUGGGGAAAUGUUAUGCCCGCCUCCUUAGCAGUAUGGCACAAGAUGCACUCGCAGCUGAGCAUCUUCAAGCGCCCAUAAAGAAAGUCCGAGAUAGCAUCAAGUAUGUUAGCACCAAUGAGACUUGCAGAGACAGAUUUGAUGAACUGAAGAGACUGUUUACAACUCCAACCCCUUGUUCUUACAAAGAUCUUCUCAUUGACAACCAGACGAGAUGGGACACGAGUUACAACAUGUUGUUGGCUGCCUAUCAACACAAACAGUUGUUUUCUGAAUUGGAAUCCUUCCAUCCUGAUAACAAAAUAUCAAUUUCUCCUGAAGAAUGGAGAAAGAUUGAGAGUCUCUGCUCGUGUUUGAAGCUUCUUUACGAAGCAAGUAAAGUCUUGACCGGGAAAAACCGCUUGACAGCAAAGGUUUUGUACGACGAGAUGACAAAGCUUCAGCUAGGGCUCAGCCACGAGGCCAUGUGCGAAGACCCUGAUGCGAGAAACUUGGUGAACUCGUUGAUGGAGAAAUUCGACCUGUACUGGAGAGGAUGCUUCCUGGUUUUGGCAGUUGCGGUGGUCUUGGAUCCUCGGUUGAAGAUGCAGCAUAUUGAGUCCACCUUCACUAAGUCCUAUGGUGAAGAUGCAGAAAAAUGGAUCAAGACUGUUGAAGAUGCCGUCCGUGAUCUGUUCCUUAACUACAGUGAAGAGAACCUGCUGAAUGCCUAUGUGGAUCCUGGCUUUUCAGAAACAGAGGUGGCUCAGGAACCUCACUUCCAUCAAGAAAUGCCUCAAGAUGGCAAUACAGGGAAUGGACAAUCAGGAGAUGAGACAAGUCCACAGGCAGAGGAAACCACAGAGUCAAAUCAAGAUGAGAGACAGGUUAAGGAAGAAGAGCAGAGUGUGGAAGGGAUGUCGGAGAGGGUGAGUGAAGAGAGUCAAGUAACCGAAGUUGGUGAUGAUCCUCAAGCACAUGAAACUGCAGAGGAAGACAAGACGUUAUAUACUGGCGACGUGCUUCUCGAAGAAGGGUCUAUUCUCAUCACAAUAGGGGAGGAGGAAUUGUCAGAUCUUGACAUAUACUUCCCGGAUGUGAAAACAGAGCUAGAGCAAUACCUCCUUGACAAAAUUGAGAUACCGAGGCAACAAGACUUUAACGUUCUGAGCUGGUGGAGGGAGAAGAGAACCGACUACCCAACCCUCGCUAAAAUGGCUGUAGAUCUUCUCGCCGUCCCCUUCUGCGCCGUCUCACCAGAUUGCGUAUACGACACAGAGGUGAAGCAGAUGGACAAUUACAAGACCUCUCUUCCUCGUGUAACCUUGGAGGCUCUCGUGUGCACCAAUGAGUGGUUAAAAAACGGAACAUUAUGA